GAGAGAGAGAGCUGUUGCGCGCGGGGGCGCGGUCGCCAAGCAUAUAUAAGCGCCAUCACGAUCCUACCGCCGGCACUGACUCUCCAACCUAACUCCUCCAAGACAACAUGAAGGGUUUCAUCAUCUGUCUCGCCGUCUUCGCCGCCGCGAGCGCGGACGUGCGUGAAAAGCGUGGAUUGGGCUACGGACACGGUGCCCUGGCUUACGGACACGGAGACUUAGGCUACUAUGGCCAUGGCCACGGUAUCUCCCUGGCUGGACCUCAUACCGGACCCAACCACCUCGUUGGACCUGCCAAUGGACCUAACGUACUUGCUGGACCCUCCGUGGGACCAUCUCGUCUUUCUGGCGCUGUCGACCAUGGCGCCGUUGUCACUGGUGCCGUGAGUGGACCGUCCGUUGUAUCCGCCUCCCACGCUGGACCCGCUCACGUUGAGCACUACGGAGGUCCAUAUGACGGACCUGGACCAUACGAUGGCCAUCAUGCUGGCGUCGCCCACGUUGGCUACGGAUACGGUGGCUACGGUUACGCCGGCCACGCAUUGGCAGGUCACGGUUACGGCCACCACGGCGUCGUAGCCGUAGCACCAGGCCACCACGGAUACGUCGCCGCUGGACCGGCUCACCACGGUGUCGUCCUCGCCGGACACGGCCAUCACGGCGCCUAUAUCGCUGGACCCCACGCUCAUGGCAUUCAUCUCGGCGGACCUCACGCCGGUCCAGCUGCCAUUUCUGGACCACACGCCGGUCCAGCUGCCGUUUCUGGCCCAGAUGCUGGAUCUGUCGUGAUCGCUGGCCCCUCUGGUAAAAUCACGACGCAUGGAGCCGGUCAUGGUGCUGCUAUUGUCACCGGUCACGGACACGGCCACUGGUAAAAAUGUAGCACAUCGACGACGAUGGAGUCCUCACCCCUGCCCUCCUUUUUUUAUUUAGAUAGAUAGCGGAACUCAACUUCAGAUAUAACUUGUUUUUUUUAAAUAACUAAAUAUGUAUAAUCGAGUGGAACGCCUGCGGAACGACGAGUACCUGACGGCAUCGCGACCGACGAACGACACAUGUGCCAAUAUAUUAUAUGUGGAGCGGACGACUUUGUGCUCGCCAACUCUAAAGAGCGAGAGGUCGUCCGCUCUGGAUGUGUAUGCUUGCAUUUCUCACUUUUCUCUACUCAUACUCUUCUACUUUUGUCCUCCACCUUUUACUUCCUGUUCAUCUCCCUCAAACUGUCGCGAGAGAUUCAUGCCAUUGAAUAUACAUAUAAACACAUAAAAUACUUAUAUCUGUGUAACUUUUUUUUAUGCGACUCGGUGAAAAUUAGCGGUGUAUGUAAAUAUAAGUAAAUACACGCUCAAUAAACGCACGA